AUGUUCAACGAUAUAAAGAUGCUUCUCCUCGUUGCUCAAGGUGAGGCUGCGCUCCAAGAGUUCUCGAAGAAUGCGCUAUCCUGGGAAGAGAAUUUGAGUCAAACAAGUGCGAUGUUCGACAUCUGGACUGAUAGUCAAAGGCGUUGGGCAUAUUUGGAAGGUUUGCUUCCUGGAUCAGCUGCGUUCCAACAUUACUACUCCUUGCCCUUGAAAGUGCACGGUUUCCCAUUUAUUUUCUGGUUCGGUCAUCCACUGAUCUGUGCAUCUGUUUCUACUGUUCAUCAUUUGUGUGAAAAUUGUAACGUUUGCACGGAAUUUUUGCCAUUGAUGAAAAAGGUCACACAGCCGCCACGCAUUCUUGAUAUGAUCGGUAUGCAAGAAGCCCAACGUUUGCUUGGUAUACUCGCAAACACGUUAUCCAAAAUUCAGAAGGCUCUUGAUUUCGUUAAAAGAUUUUUGUCGUUGUUGUUCGGAUUCGUAGUCUUCGUUGAAGGCGAUGAUUUAUUGGAAAUCAUGGGUAACCGGAAAGACAUUUCUCGUCUGCAAAAGAAUCUUAAGAAAAUUUUGCUGCUGUGA